AUGGGUAAUAUCCGCAAACCGUUGUUCGCACAUAUUAUCCUCUCAUCCACCUUCUUUCUUGGAGCAUUUGCUCUGCCCGCUGAGAAUGCCGGCCCGACUGUAGUCAUUCCAUCUGGUACCAUUGUAGGCACCACGACCCAGCCAGCUGCAUCAACUGGCUACGCGAAUGCGUACCUCGGUGUACCAUUCGCCAAGUCACCGCCGGAACGGUUCUCUCCUCCCCAGCCAGCCGAUCCAUGGAACACAUUGACUGCUCAAGCAUUCCGUCCAGCAUGCAUGCAACAGUUUACGAACCAGGGGGGCUCGCCGGCUUUGCAAAAGCAGUACUUCGGCAAUCCCACUGGGCCUCUACCGGAAGAGAGCGAAGACUGCUUAUACCUCAACGUCUUCACACCCCCCGGUGUAUCUUCUACAAGCAAAAAGGCUGUCAUGUUUUGGCUGUUUCCUGGUAACUUGCAGUUUGGAACCGCCAGUCUACCCAUCUACGAUGGAAGUUCACUUGCCCUCACCCAAGACGUGGUUGUUGUAACGAUAAACUACCGAACGAAUAUCUUUGGGUUCUCCAACUCCCCCGAGAUAGCAACGGGGUCGCAGAAUUCGGGUUUCUUGGACCAGCGCUUUGCUCUGCAGUGGGUUCAAAACAAUAUCGCCAACUUUGGAGGUGACCCCUCGCGUGUAACAAUCUUUGGCGAUUCCGCCGGGGGCGAGUCUGUGAAGCAGCUGCUCGCAAGUCCGCCCAGUCCGCUGCCGUUCUCGGCCGCAAUCAUGCAGUCGCAACAAUCCCUUCUGAUAGGCUCUGGCUCGGACAGCUACAAAAAGGUUCUCCAGAAUUUCAAGUGCCAGAGCCAGUCUUCUCCCGUUGCAUGCUUGCGGAAAGUCUCGGCCACAGAUAUCAAAGCCUACAUCGAAUCUGCAGGGCUUGUCUUCCCCCCCGUCAACGGCGACGGUACCUCGGUUAGCGACGUCCGGAAUAGCAUCACGUCAAAAACGUGGCCUAACAUUCCCAUCUUGAUGGGAACAACGCUUAAUGAAGCUCGCGUCUUCCUUGCCGCUAUGGGCAUUACGGGUGGCGCUUCCGCCUUGGACUAUGCGCUCUCCAAGGCUGGAAUAACCUCAUUUCUCACAAAGACCUCAAUCCUUGCCCUGUAUGCUGGCAAAGGCACUACCGCGCUUACGGAUGUGGCUGACAGAAUUUUCACUGACGCAAUUUUUACCUGCACGACAUCAUCGUUGGCCAAUUUCCUCGCUCUCAACGGUUAUACCGUCUAUCGUUAUCGCUACGACGCUUCAUUUCCUUCUACCAGCAUAUUCUCCAACGCUGGCGCGUACCACACAAGCGACAUACCCUCUGUCUUUGGCACAUACUCUCAGUACAGCAAGUUCGCCGCCGCGUCCCAGCCACAGACGCAACUCAGUUCCUACAUGCAGGGCGUCUGGGGUGGGUUUGUGAAGAAGCCUGACGGUGGGGUUGGAUGGCCAAAGGUGGGAAGCGCUCUUGGCUUGGAGCUGGGACUCUUGGGAGCCAGCGGUUCUAGUAGCGUAACGGUGGUACCGACACUUCAAGCCGAUUAUGCUUGCGCUGCCUACGCUGGCAUCGCAGAUAUAGCUGGCUUGUCGUAUUAG